UCAGCGGCAUAGCUUUCCCAUGGGACUGCCAGGGACUUAGAGAGCAGAAAAUAGAAGCAGGGAGAUGCGGGCGGCGAGCGCUGCGCUCCACUCACACAUUUGGCAAAAUGCCCUUGUAGGCUACUUCUCUCACCCUCGAGCUACUCUAGAGCCCUCCCUAAAACUAAUAAGUGAAUUCAACAGACACAACCAAAAACGUGACUGAGUUAAUGGACCGUAUGGCGAGAAGCAAUGAGGUACAUUUUGGUAGAUUUUAUUUGCAAAGAUAUGCGAAAUCUGAGUUUUCAGUCGUGAUGCUCGUUUUACAUCAACAACCUCGAGCGGGAGGAAAUUGACUCUCUACAGACACGCGCGAGCUCUUCUCAGCGUCCAAGCCUGAUGGUGAUUGCUACAGAGGUUCCCGUGCCAGGGCCGAGGCUGAGAAGGCAUGCUCUUGGCUGAGUGUAGUAGCACCAGCAGGCUACUGGAGGCUCUGUGUGGCAGGAGGAGGGUGAUGGUGUCGGUCAUGAAGCUGCCCUGCUCCUUCUACUGCUCCCUCUGGUUCCUCCUGCUCCUGGGGGCCGGGUCCUUACUCCUCCUCAUCCACCUCCAGGACCUCUCAGACAUGCUCCAACAGCAGACCCCAGGUGCAAAGUUGAUGGUUGCUCCAAUGUGGCCCAUUCAAAAGGAGCAGUCCUUUGACAGUGCAGUCGUUAUGGGCAUCGACCUGGGUGGAGGUUUCCAUGGAGCACCAGGGGUAGAGAUGUCCUCUUACCCCAGCCUCCCUAUUCCUAGCCCCAGACAACCUCCAGCCUUCCAGUGGCUGCCCCACCCAGCCACCCCAACCUCUGCGAACCAGCAGGCUGAGAGCACCAGGCAACCGCUCACCAAACGCCACAGGAAGCUGCUGUUAAAGAGCGGGUCUGUAACCCCUAGUGGUGUCCGCUCUGGUGAGGAGGACCGUCGGCUACAGGGCCUGGCGCAAACCCAGGCAUCCCGCCGCCAACUGCUGAGGGAGGUCUGUGCCAAAUACCAGCCGGGCAUCACCAAGCGCCCCGUGUCCCGCCGGCAGGUGUCCCGCGUCUACGUGGAGGACAGGUCAGGCCUGCUGUACUGUGAGGUGCCCAAAGCUGGCUGCUCCAACUGGAAGCGGGUGCUGAUGGUCCUGGGCGGCAGCGCCACCUCCACGCACGUCAUCGCCCACGACAAUGCCCACUACGCCAACCAGCUCCGCCGACUAGACGCCUACGACCAGGCGGGCGUGGCCAAGCGCCUCCGCUCCUACACCAAGGUCCUCUUCGUACGGGAGCCCUUCGAGAGGCUUGUGUCGGCCUUCCGCGACAAGUUCGAGAGCCCGAACUCGUACUACCACCCGGUGUUCGGCCGGCCCAUCAUCUCCCGGUACCGGGCCAAUGCCUCGCGCACCGCCCUAAGGACCGGCGCUGGGGUCACCUUCAGAGAGUUUGUCCAGUACCUGUUAGAUGUGAGACGGCCCGUGGGCAUGGACAUCCACUGGGAGCCGGUCAGCCAGCUCUGCAGCCCCUGCCUGCUGCACUAUGAUUUCAUCGGGAAGUUCGAGAGCCUGAAGGAGGAGGCCAACUUCCUGCUACAGAGCAUCGGGGCGCCUAGCAACCUAACUUUCCCUGACUUUAAAGACAGGAACCCAAAGGCAGAAAGGACUUCCUCCACCAUCACCCAGAGAUACUUUGAGCAAUUGAACUCCACAGAGAGACAGAGGGCCUAUGACUUUUAUUACAUGGAUUAUCUGAUGUUUAACUACCCCAAGCCCUUUAAAGACCUGUACUGAGGUACUGGCUGGAUUGCCAGGUUGAGAUUAAUAUGAACACUACGGAAGAGAUUAUUAUCCUGUGGGACUUGAAUAAGCACUACAGGCACAUUCAUGUGAAGGAUUAUUUUUACGGGUCUUAUUUACAAAUGGCUAAAAUUAUGAUUUCAUGUGAUUACUUUGGGCAUAGGUUGUAGGCCUACAGGUUUUUGUUAUAAAGCUUUGUAUAGUGUGUCAAAUGCAUUUUUUAUUGAUUGGCAGACCAGUGACUUCUAUGAAGUGACCUUGGGUUAAGAAUGAAUGAUCUGUUAAUUGUGUAAUUCUUACAGCAUUGUUAUGUGAAGGUAUACUUUUUGGUCAUCUUCAAUCAUGUGUAUUCUUAUUCUGCAGUAAGUUUAUGAAAAGAAGGGAAAGAGAGAAGCUAGAUACAGUUGAAGUCGGAGGUUUACAUACACUUAGGUUGGAGUCAUUAAAACUCAU